UCAUACUUUGGUGGAAGACGCCCCUGGAUUAGACAAUCAGAAAAACGAAAAGAAAAUGGACGAAUACAAGGAGGUGCCGACGAGCGAAAAAGAUGAAAUUUUGUACGCCUACGAAAAAAAGAAGUCAUGGAAACCUUUACUGAGGCAGCUGUUCAUAGCCAGCGGCCUAUGGACCCCAUAUUUCGCGGUGGGCCUCAGCCUUGGGACCCCCACCGUGUAUGUACCCCAAGCGAGGAAGGAGGCCAACUCUACUGACGCCGUGUCUGUGGAAAUGGCGUCUUGGUUAUCCUCCCUCUUCGGUUUCUCGUCUCUCCCUUUCGUCUUCAUACUAGCAAUACUGAUGACCAAGAUCGGGCGAAAGAAGAGCUCUCUAUUCGUCUCCUUUAGUUUAGUUCUUAUAUCCAUAGGAUACUACCUGACGUCAUCUCCAGUUCACUUGUUGAUCACCAGCGUCAUCCAAGGCGUGCCAAACGCCGCUACCGUCUCUGUAUCAAUAUUAUCAACAGUAGAAUACACUUCUCCCAAAGUUCGAGGGGUUUUACUAACGAUCAAGACUGCCACAGUUUUCUGGGCGUUGUGGAUAGCGAAUACAAUUGGAACGUACGCGGAUUGGAGAUACAUUUGCGUACCCAGUUUCAUAAAUGCGCUGUACUCGUUAACCGUUGUGUUCUGGCCAGAAUCCCCUAUGUGGUUGGCCAGUCAAGGCAGGAUUGAAGAAUGUAAGAAAGUCCACAGGUCUUUGAAAGGAUGUGAUGUUGAAUCGGAGAGAGAACUGCAGAAGUUGAUCGAGCACCAAAUGGAGGUCGACAAAAAGAGGCUGCAAAAAAAAGAUUCCUACUCAGAUAUCUUAAAAGACAGAGUGUUUUAUAUACCAGUUACUCUAUCCUGUGUGAUGAUGUGUACACAUUUAUUAUCGGGGAAGCAAAUUUGUAUGAUGUACGCUUUGGACGUCUUGACGAAAAUUACUAAAAGUGAAGAUACGGCGUACAGCGGCAUGCUCUUACUUGACGGCGUGACAGUCCUAUGUAUGUACAUAGGCUGUGGUUUCUCUAAAGUUCUUACUAGACGUACUUUAUUGUUCACUUUCGGGUCUCUAGCAGUUUUCUUUCUAUUUGCUCUCUCUUUGUAUUUGUACCUGUGUCAUUUAGAAGUGAUUGUUAGCAACAAUUAUAUUCCCAUGUCACUCCUUGUAGCCUUUUCUAUGGCUAUAGGAAUUGGCCCUAUAAUUUUGGGUAUUUCUUUAUAUGGAGAAUUAAUACCUAUAAAAUAUAAAGGAGAAUCUAUUAUAGUAACUUCUCUAUUCUUCUUCCUUCUCCAAGCGACUCUUUUUAAGGUUUCUCCGUAUGUUUUCGAUAUUUUAGACUUGCAUGGGAUGUUUUUCGUGUGUGGAAUAUGUGUGACGAUCAGUUUAAGCAUUUUGUACAAAUAUCUUCCUGAAACGAAGGAUAGAACUCUGCAAGAGAUUGAGGAGUAUUUUAAGAAACGAUGAUUUUAAUUAUAAAUAGGAAAUUUGAUACUAUUUACCAUUAAUUCAAACUAAAAACUUCUGAUUUAAAAAACUCUAGUGUCCUAAUAAGGUCCGGAGUAAGCAGUCGUAGUAAGUAUGUAUGGUAUACUCAUAUCUAAAGACUAUACCUAAACACGGCCCGUUUUCACCAUCAAUCCCUCAUUUUUAAGUGACCCCUAUUGUAACACAUAACAGAAAUUUUUUCAUAGGGUUCACUUAAAAAUUAGGGAUUGAUGGUGAAAACGGCCAUUAACCUACUAGAUCCGAUUUCUGAUCCGAUUGUGCGAAUCUGCUCAAAAUUUUGGUUUAAAAACUUUAAAUUAAUAAUUAAAAUUAAUAAAAUUAAUAUGGGAAUAAUAGUGACUUCAUAGCUUGGAGUAUUGCCAUAUAAAAUCUAUGAGAGAAAAAGUAAUUUGUGGUAUCAGAAACCAGAAAAGAUAAAUGUAAAUUAUUUUUUUAACUACCUACAACGAAAAUUAUUCGUAAAAACUAAAAUAGCCAAAAGGACACAGUUUGGUAUGAAUUAAAAUGUUUUUAACGUCAAAACGUGCGUUAAAAACGAUUGUGAUAUCAAUUAGGAAUUACCAAUUAAAUUAUCUACCUUAUUUUAAUUUAAGCUAUAAUUAAGGCAUUAAUUAAGAUAAGCUUGUACAAAUCGUCUUUAUGUUGAAGUAAUUUUAAUUGUAAAUAUUCGUGUGUAAGUUGUAAAGAUAGAUAGGUACCUACUUAUAGUUCCAAA